AUGCGGAAAUGUAGCUGGUGUCUUCGAGUUCAAGGUUCAGCCGCUACGAAACCGUUUGUGAACAUUAGAACUCAUAAUUAUUCAUCUUUGUGUUUGUAAUUUUGAUCAAACUUAGAGCGGAGCUGUGGCGCGCGGACGGAACUGAAGGGUGAGGUCCAAACCACAUGUGGCUCAUUGUUCUGGCUCUGUCAUGGCGCAGUGAUGUGGCACUGCUAGAUUACAAAGCCAACACGUUCCUUUCCUGCUCAGAGGCUCAAAGGUUAGUCACGUUUCUGGCAUUGCAGGUGGCACAAUAUGUGGUCCGGCCCCUUACCGCGGCUGCCAAAGCAGUGGCACAGUCGCUACUCAGAAUAAUUGCUGUCAAUGAACUGCAGGAGAUAACCUGUGAUGUGGAGAUUUUCGUGCAUCCACAUGCAGGUUGCAAAGCUGCAGCUGCAGAGAAGCUUCGAGGGUGCAGAAAUGAACUGCGAGCCCACCGCUGCACGGGAGAACCUGAAGCGGCUUCGCACAGAAGCGGAAACGACACGUGCUGCCUGGGACAAGUCCAUCAGUCAAGCCUCCAGAGAGAUGGUUGCCAAGGAUACAGAAAUUAAAGCCUUGCGGGGCAAAGAGGCCGGACUUAGGACUGAACUGAAGAAGGCCUAUGAGGAGAUUGAGAGAUACAAGCAGCAGCUGAGUGCAGGGCGGCACAGAGAACAUGCCUUAGAGCAGAUGAGAGUCCAGGUGGAGCUUGACUGGCAGAGACGCUGUGAGGACACUAUGGCUGAACAAUCCCUGGCCAAUGAACAGCUAAUACAGAAACUGAUCCGAGCCAAAGACCAGGUCCAGGCCAAGCUGAGAGACAAGGAACAAGACCUUCAGGACUUGACCGUCUUACUACGUUCUGUUAAACUGGAAAGAGACCAGGCAGUGCAGGGUUUGACACCAAAAGCUGAUUAUCUGGCGUCAGAGGAGAUCUGUAGACUGCAGGAACAGAAUCGCAUCCUGAAGGCUGUGAUCAUCCAGAGGACGGACUCCCGGGGUUCCCACCAUGCCCUGCGUCAUCAGGUGCAGCAACACACGGUCCAGAGUGCUGCUUCCACCAACCCCGUGUCCACCAAUAAGAUCACUGUGUCAUCUGCACCACCGUGCACGGACGUCGCCCCCAAAUCCAGCUGCUCAGGUGGCGCUGUUCUGGUGAAUGGCACCAGCAGAGUAGCACAUCUGGAGUUGACUCUCGACAACAUCAUCAAGCAGAGUGAAGUGCUGCAGCAGCUGCAGGAGGACAGCCUGUGUCUGCAGAAGAAGCAGCUGGCAGCUGCUUGUAUGCAUGGUGCUUCAUCUGGCAGUGUUCAUGAUGCCAAAACCAGCGGCCCUGUGUUGCGUAGCAGACUGAAACAAGCCGCUUACUGCAUUGCCCGCCUCAGCAAAGAGAAGCAGCAGCUCAUAGAAAUGGGAAACCGCCUGCGAUCGCAACUCACCAUUGCUGGAGUACAAGUCCCUCAGGAUUCUGUGUCUGUGAACGAAUGGGUGGAGGCAGAGAGGAACCCCCCGCCCCAUCACAGUCCGUGGACUCAGGACCAGCUUCAGGACCUGCUCCUCACCCAGAAUUCAAGGUGCACCAAGGACAGUCUUCCACGUAGCUGGUCACAUGGGUCAGUGCGUGUGGAUGCAGGACUACAGUCGUACGUCAGUCAGUCUGGAUCCUGCUGGUCAACUGAGGAAUCGCCAUCAUCACUGAGAGAACUGUGGGAGCUUCUGGACCAUGAUCUCAGUUGCUCUAUUUCCUCAGCAGGUGAAGGUGAGCUGAGCAGGGACGACAUGACUUGUGGGAUUUCAGCCGACCCUCAGGUCCAGCGAAGAACGAGACCCUCUAAAGCCCCCCCGAGGUCAACCAAGAAGACCAAAGUCUCCGGCAGAGCGCUUAAGAUCAGAAACUACAACAUGAAAGACUAGGACACACACAGAGGAGGCAAAGGACAAGUACACACGUGGCCUCAGGUUCCCAACACCUGAUUCUCAGACUGGAACCAGGUCAGAAUUACGGCAGAUGCCAACCAGGUCAGAAUCUUGGACUGAGGACUGAGAUCAUGUGUCAUUAUGGUGGAAACAGACCACUCUUCAUCCACAGAUGACACGUUUUAUGUUUUUGUAAUUUUGUCCAUGAACACUGAGCCCCAAAGUUUCACCACAUGACCCUUUUGGACGGGUUUGACUUUGGCCUUGCUGAGACCUUUGACCUCUGCUUAAAGUUGAGUCGUUUUAUGUUGAGUGCACAGUACUAUAUUUGGUACGCCUUCGACAGUGACAUUUGUCUUUGGUGUCACAAUGUUACAAACCGAGUGUGUUUGUUCUGUCAAUAAGAAUCUUAACAGGUUCUGUUUGCUAACGUGCGCUGCCCAACUUUAAACAGAACCUUUCCACAGUGUAAGGUGGGCUUGAAGCUCUCAGUAAUAAGCAGCACACGCAGGUCCCCGCCUUAAAUUUGCACUGAAGCAGCAUGUCAUCACGAGGUCGGCACUAUUGCAGGCGUCAUGUGUUGGUCUUAAAAUGAGGCGUUGGUGCGCUUCUAUCAUCAGGAACCACAGACCACCAAACACCAGCUCAACAAAAGUUCAGCGAGUAGGAUUUGUCUUAUUUACAGAGGCGGAGUCAUGACGGCUGGACACAUACUAAGGAGGCAUGCAGUAGUGACGCAGAUGAGUGUAACGUUCAUUCACAUGGCGAUUUGGAUUUGAUCUGUAUAUUUUUUUCAAAAGUGCUAGUCAAGAGAAAUUUCAGGUUGGCAGCCAUAUUUCAAAAUGCCCUUGAGAUGUUGUACGGUGGAUCAUCAAAAUGUGGACCCCAUUUGAUCUGUUAGUGUGAGACCACAACUUGUUUAUUCAGAGAGAUCAGUUUAUUUGAGCACACGUGAGGAUGUGUUCAAACCCCGAGGUGUGCCAAAGAAGCAGAUCGUGGUCCACCUGAAAACACUGAACUCCAUCCAGUCCUGACGAGACCGUAGUCUGGUUCAUGUGACCAGCCAAACCAAGUCGGCAGACCAGAUAUCCACCCCCCCGUGUGUGUGUGUUUGUGUGUGUGUGUGUUUGUCUUGGCUGUUGUACGGUUUAGUUUUUUUGUUGCCCUGCACAGUGACUCGACUCAUAGUGUGGCACACACACGGGCCUCAUUUAAAUUUAAACAAUGCACAACUUGUUAAAAAUAAAGCGACGUUUGACACAGUCACCCUGCACACGCGCACUGACAUGCUGCUGAGGAUUGCUUGGUGUUGUUAUGGAAGAAUUCCCACUUUCCAUUCAGGGACGUUGCUUUCAUGUUUGCCAGUUCUUCACCUGUCUCCACCUGUUUUGCAGGAAUUUCCAUGCAAAUUCCUGCAAAACAGGCUGAUCUUGAAGUCCUCUCAGAUUAAGAAUAAGAAUAAUAAAGAACUUUAUUCAUCCUGAAGGAAAUUGUUUUGCC